UUAACCUUUAUUGUUUUUUUAUCCAAUAUAUGGUUGUUUUUAAAUAUACGUGAUUGCGGCCGGCCGUUAUCUUCUUUUUUUAUAUCGAUAAGGAUAAUACAUCGAUUUGUGGAUAAGACAUGCACGAGUGAUCGGUCUUUCUAUUCAAAUAAUCGAGAAAAAAAUACUUCCAGAUCACUCUAGAGUUAAUAACCAUGAACAAUCGACUCUCUCUGCUACUUUUAAAAGCAGCAUGUGUGCUCUCUGCUCUUCCAGAGGAUGAGUCUUGCCAGAAAUACGCUGGUGGGAAUGUUUACCCGCACACGGCGAGUUCAGGCCGUGCGGAACAUAACCUGCAGUUUACUAAAGCAGUCAUUUCGAAACAAGCUCCGUUUUGGGAAAGUACUGCGGUAGUUAAUGGGGAAUUUGUCCAGCUUAAGUUGUCUGAUUUCCUUGGGAAAUACCUGGUGUUUUUCUUUUAUCCAUUAGAUUUCACAUUUGUGUGCCCUACAGAGAUAUUGGCGUUUAGUGAUAGAAUAGAGGAAUUUAGGCAGAUCAAUACUGAAGUGGUGGCCUGCUCUGUCGACUCUCAUUUCACUCACCUUGCUUGGAUUAACACCCCUAGGAAGGAGGGAGGUUUGGGAAAAAUUAAUAUACCCCUGUUGUCUGAUUUGAAUCAUAGCAUUUCAAAAAACUAUGGUGUGUUUCUGGAUGAUUUUGGCCACACUCUAAGAGGACUUUUCAUAAUUGACCCCAAAGGAGUGUUGAGGCAAAUUACCAUGAAUGAUCUUCCAGUUGGUAGAAGUGUCGAUGAGACUCUUAGACUGGUGCAAGCUUUCCAAUACACCGACAAGCACGGGGAGGUAUGCCCUGCCGGUUGGAAACCUGGGCAAGAUACGAUUAUCCCUAAUCCCAUUGAAAAACGGAAAUACUUCGAGAAUCACUGAGUUGUGCUGAGCGGUUAAAUUUUGUUAACAUCACUUAAAAAAAAAAUAAAU